AGGAUAAAGGUGCCGUCUUGGGCUGAAGGAGAUUCUGGAACCGAGCAGGAUGCCGGGCCGUGCGGCAGGGAGUUGGGUUCCUCUGGGCCUGCUCCUGGUCUGUCUGCAUCUGCCAGGAUUCUUUGCCCGGAGCAUUGGUGCCAUGGAAGAGAAAGUUUCCCCACAUUUGGGGACAAACAUGCCUGUGCUGGGACGACCUUCCUUCACUGGUCCCACCAACUAUGGACAUCCUGAGCCCAAACCAGGCUCUGGGUCUAAUGAUUUAAUGGGGCUUCCUCCAAAGUCCAAUGUUCCUCCACCAGAUGGCCCCCAACCUGUAGGAGGAUCUGGGGUGCAGAGAGGGCCUCCAUCCAGGUGGCCACCUCUGGUGUCCUGGCCCUCUGAGUAUCCUUGGCAGAUGAUGGCUGCUGCAAAUGAGAACCAGCUGGGACAGAUGCCACCUGAAGGACUGCCUUACCUUUCUAGUGCUGGUGCUGUAGCACUGGGAGGCCAUCCUUGGCCUGUGGCAUCCUCUGCACACCCCAUGCAGCCCUCAUCUGAGACUGCACUUCUCCACCAGGACUCAGAGUCAGGACAGCUGCCACGUUCUAAUCUGCUGGGAGCUCAGGGACAAGCCCUUGCCCAGCGCCCUCUCUGGUCUCUCAUCCAUAGGAUUCUGCCUGGCCUCCCCUGGGGGACCCUGAACCCUGGUGUGUCCUGGGGAGGUGGAGGUCCUGGGACUGGAUGGGGAACUAGGCCCAUAGCACACCCUUCUGGAAUUUGGGGUAUCAAUAAUCAAUUCCCAGGGAGCAGCUGGGGAACUCUUAAUCCGUAUCCGGGUAACAACUGGGGGAAUAUUCAUUUGCGCCCAGGUGUCAAUAAUCAGUUUCCUCCAGGAGUUCUUCAUCCUCCUGGCUUCUUCCCAGCUGGUUUCCCUACUCCUCAAAACCCUGGUAUGCAGUGGGAGUAGAGAUGGCAGAGGGGAAACCUGAGAUUGGGAGU